GGAGCCUGUGUUUCCUUCAUUGAUACAUGCGAAUCAGCGAUGGACUCCAGCGAGGAAGUGGUUUCCUCCCCCCAUACGCUGUUGAUGUUGCGGACGGUUGUCGUCACUCCGGUGCCGCGGAGUCGUGCUAUCCUUGUGUUUUUGCCUGGAUUCGAUGAUAUCGUCCAAAUGCGUGACAAAAUUACGAAUGAAUCCUGGAGCGGGCGGCGUCCAGUGAUCUUUACCCUACAUUCGCAAAUGAACUCGUUUGAUCAACAAAAAGUGUUUGAUUCGGUUGGAGCGAGUGAAAGAAAAGUAAUUUUGUCUACAAAUAUUGCCGAAGCAUCUUUGACAAUCGACGACGUGGUGUUUGUCAUAGAUUGUGGAAAGGUAAAAGAGAAGACGUACGAUCACACAUCAAGAAUCAGCCAAUUGAAAAUAACAUGGAUAGCAAAAAGUAAUGCAGAACAGCGAGCAGGUCGUGCUGGGCGCUGUCGUGAAGGAUUUUGCUUCCGACUAUAUAGUAUCGAGGACUAUGAGGUGAUGCUUGAGACUCAAAUGGCUGAAAUGCAGCGAACCGCAAUUCACGAUGUUUGUCUGCACGCAAAAAUGUUUGCUCCAGAGAAUAUGACAGUGAAACAGUUCCUUCAAAUGGCUCCUGAACCACCAUUAGCAGAUGCUGUCGAUAAAAGCAUGGCCUUUCUGGAACAACUGGGUGCAUUAUACUCCGAGGCCAGCAUCUCAGAUGUCGACGUUACUGCUGCACCAGCGCCGUAUAUAGAGCCUCAGCUGACAGACUUGGGAAGAUUGGUGGCACAGCUGCCUUUGGAUCCCCAACUCGCACGGUUGCUAUUGUUCGGUGUGGUGCUGAGAUGCCUGAGUCCUGUCGUAACUUUGGUGGCAGCACUUUCACAUAGAGAUCCAUGUGAGCGAACCUUUGAUAACUCAUUUGUUUUGCCUCACAUAAUGGUGGAAAUGUUUAGAGCCUUCAAUGAAUUCAACGAAAAAAACGCAAAGGACGCAAUACUGUUCUGUCGGACCAAUUACUUGUCUCUGCCAGCAAUGAAGAUGAUAGCUGGUAUACGCGAAUCCUCUGUUUUAAGCUAUUCCUCUUGUUGGCCAAUGGUUCAAGCUGCCAUAGUUGCCGGAUGUUAUCCCGGCAUAGGUUUUGUUAGAGCGGGUAAUAAGUUGAAGAAGAUCAGAACCAGCACCGAAGCUGCAGCUACCCUUCAUCCAUCAUCGGUAAUUAAACGACAAGUACUAUCCGCUUCAAAACGAAGUGAAAUAAUCAAUCAAUAUGUUGUGGAAAAUUCUGAAGACCCUGUGAUUGAAUAUCUAGCUUUCCAUGAACUGGCGAAGAUCGAUGAAGGAUUGACGGUGAGUCUUCUCGUAGCCAGUGGUAAAAUAGGUUUUGGAAUAUUUCGCCACCACUGA